GGGACCGGGGUGGGAGUUUGCAGGGCUGCGAGGUGGGAUGGAUCCUGCAGAGCUAAGGGGGUGCAGGUGUCACAGCUCUGGCUGCGGUGCUAUGCUGCAGUGGCUGAAGUUGGGAACCCUGAUGCCACGUCAGGACCCUAUGGACCUGAUCCACAGGGCUGUGCAUGGCACAUGCACCCACAGCACGGGGCAACGCAGGGGGCACAGCCACCCUAUGCCUGCUCCUAGCUGUGUUAUGUUUGCACCCCAGGCGGGAGCCAGGCGCUUUCGGUCCCACCGCCCUGCACCCACGCGGGGCAGGACCUGGGGCUGACGCAGCAGGCUGGCACGCAGCGGCGCCGGGUGCUUUGCAGGAGGCAGAGCCCAGCACACCUGGAGCUGCCCCUGGCCGCCAGCCAGCAGCACCAGGCCGCGGGGCUUGCACAACGUGGGGCGUGGUGCUCGGCUCCCAGCUCAGCUCCCUUCCUGCCCCACUGCAGACACAUGGACAGGAGCGGCACCGGGCUGAGCCCCAGGACGCAGUGCCACGCUGCAUAGAACCAAGCAGUGAGGGGAUCUCGAGCACUCCGCUGUGAUCGUGCUGCCAGCCAUGCCCCAAACUGGGAUCUUCCCACCCCGCAGCCCCUGGUGAGCAAGGACAGAACCGGAGUCGCUUGCAGGUGUCUGAUUCUGGUUGCAGCCAUCACCACUCACCAUGGAUUGGAAAACACUGCAGGGGCUGCUCAGUGGGGUCAACAAAUACUCCACAGCCUUCGGUCGCAUCUGGCUCUCCGUGGUCUUCGUCUUCCGUGUCCUGGUCUACGUGGUGGCAGCCGAGCGCGUCUGGGGGGACGAGCAGAAGGACUUUGACUGCAACACGCGCCAGCCGGGCUGCACCAACGUCUGCUACGACCACUUCUUCCCCAUCUCCCACAUCCGCCUGUGGGCCCUGCAGCUCAUCUUUGUCACUUGUCCCUCGCUGCUGGUCAUCAUGCACGUGGCUUACCGGGAGGACCGCGAGAAAAAGAACCGGGAGAAGAACGGGGAGAAUUGCCCCAAGCUGUACAGCAACACGGGCAAGAAGCACGGUGGGCUGUGGUGGACCUACCUGCUCAGCCUCUUCUUCAAGCUCAUCAUAGAGAUCCUGUUCCUCUACCUCCUCCACAAGAUGUGGGACAGCUUCGACUUGCCACGACUGGUCAAGUGCGCCAACGUGGAUCCCUGUCCCAACACUGUAGACUGCUACAUCGCUCGGCCAACCGAGAAGAGAGUGUUCACCUAUUUCAUGGUCGGGGCCUCCUCCAUCUGCAUCGUCCUCACCGUCUGUGAGAUCUUCUACCUCAUCUUCAAGCGGAUUGUCCGGAGCACGCGCAAGUGGAAGAAGUCCAUCAAGCGCUCUGUUAGCUACAGCAAAGCCUCCACGUGCCAGUGCCACCUCAAGGCGGAGGAGAAGGAGAACAAGGCCCUGAAUAGAGGAGAGGAGCUGUGACCUCCCCUGUCCCAGCCAGCUUGCCUUCCCCUCGGACCAUGAGCUUUUCAAGCCUACAAAGUUUCCAAACUCUGGAGAUUUGACCCCUAUGAAAAAUGACUAAACCCAACAGAGUGCCCCCAGAGGGCACCGUGGGGUGCCUGAGAAGACGCAGGUAAGGGAAGGGCAGCCCUUGAGCUCUGCUGGCUGCACCCAGCGGUGCUUGGACAUCGUGCUGACACAUGGACACCGGUCACAAGCUCUGCUAAGCAGCCACCAAGCUGUCCCCAGUGGGGACAGAGCCAUUGUGCUGGAAGGGCGCGUGGGACUGGGGCCAGCAGGAGGGAGCAGACAGAGGCUCCAACAGCUUCUCUUGGGUUUCCUGUGCUGCUGCUCCUGUGCUGGGUACAAAGGCAUUGAGCAGUGCCCAGCCUGGGCUGCUGGCACCCAUCAUACGGUGCUGCUGCGUUGGCCCAGAAUGGGGGAGGAGCAGAUUCCCUCUCUCUGCUCAUGCAAGCACCUCGCUGAUGUCCUGCCCAAGUGGCUUUUCUGGCUCUGCUGCUUCCCUCUGCACCCACCCCUUGCCUCAGACGGAUGUGUCAUUCACCACACUGAAUCCAAGGGGUCAAUAAACGUUACGUUGUUUGUAGAC